AUGGCCAACAUGGAGGGCCGACUGAAGCACCAGUUUACAGGGUGCCUCAGAGUCGGCGUCUUUCCCAGCCGGUGGAAAAGGGCGGGACUGGUCCUCAUCCCUAAAGAGGGCCGUCCCCCUGGUUCCCUUUCCGCAUACAGGCCGAUAUACCUGUUGGACGAGGUGGGAAAAUUAUUCGAGAGAAUAAUAGCAACCCGCCUCGUCCGGCACCUCUCCCGAGAAGGCCCGGACCUUAGCGACAGGCAAUACGGCUUCAUCGCGGGUCGCUCCACAGUGGACGCCAUUCUUCACGUGAGGGCCUUCGCGGAUGCCGAGAUGGAAAAGGGGAUGAGAAGAUCCGAAGGCUGGCCCGGAUGGAAGGAGCAGUUAGGAGGCCCCAACCUGCCGGGCCAGAGGACUAUCGAGGCCAUCCGCCCCUGUUUACUUGAAUGGGUGAGCAGGGACUACUUCGGGCUGUCCUAUCACGCGACACAGGUGCUCACCGGGCACGGCUGCUUCGGUGAGUACUGGUGUCGCAUUGGAAAGGAGCGCACGGCGCAGUGCCACAACUGUGCGGCCAGUCGGAUCACCACGCAGCACAUGUUGGCACACUGUCCGGCAUAG